AUGCCAAUUUGUUUUUUUUUUAAAAAGAAAAAAACUAAGAAAUCUCCCUUUUUUGCUUUACAAAUAAAUGAAAUGCAUAUUACUAAAUUGAAUAAAAUGAAUAAACCGGCUAAACCGGAUAAAGAGAAAAUGAAUGGUAUAAACAAAAUAAAACUAAUGAAUAAUGAAAAUAAAAAAUUAAUGUGUAUAAGCAUUCUCAUCGUUGUCAUUGUUCUCUUCAUGACAAUUUUUGUGCAUAAGCCACAUGAGUUACCACAUAAUCCAGUUCAUAAUCCAGUUGUCGAACAAUUUACAAGUGACCUUUUCAGGGAUAUAAGUUUAGCCGAAAUUCCUGCACUGGAUGAAAUUAUACAGCAUGUUUACUCCUAUAAUGAACUUGCAACCAUGCUGGAAAUGAGCCCAGCUCACAAGAACACUAGAAAAAUAGCUGCAGAGCGCCUUCGAGAUGUCUCCAUAUUACUUUACGAAGCUAGAGACGCUUUACAUAAAAUGUUUGUAGAAAGUAAAACGGUUUAUUACACUUUCAAAAUCGAGAAAACUAAAGAGAUCUCUGAAAGUCUUUUAAAAGCUCAAGUAGAAGCCAGAGAUUAUAAUAUCGACAAUGAUACUGGUAAAAGGAAUUUUGAUUUAACCACUGAAGCUAUUGAUGGUAUAAGGAAUGUGAGAGGAUACCUUAAUGGGACGGCAUUUUAUACUUUUAUUUGUAAGGAUUAG